AUGGUACACAAGUAUUUUGUGGAGGGGGUAUGGCCAUUACCACAGGAUUUCACCUCGUCCACAGAACGAUACCCAUUGAACCCGCAGGCUUUCCACUUUGGUUAUGGAAAACAGUCAGUCGUGCAGCAGGGCUGUUCUGUUCUGGAUGCUGCAUUCAAGAGAUAUUUUUCUCUUAUAUUUCCAGACUAUACAUCUGCAAAUGGUGUCCUGCAAUUGAGUGAGGAUAAAGCAUUUACUGUGGAGAUCAGUGUUGACCAUGAUGACUGUGAGAGUUACCCAAAGGAGGUCUUUUCUGAGAAAUACAAUCUGAGUGUCUCUGAAAGGAAAGCAUUUCUGAAUGCAGAAACAGUGUGGGGUGCUGUAAAAGGCCUGGAAACCUUCAGUCAGUUGGUGUAUCAAGAUGAUUUUGGUUCAUAUUUUGUGAACAAGACUGUGAUUGAGGACUUCCCCCGGUUUCAAUUCAGGGGGAUUUUGUUGGACACUUCACGUCACUAUUUACCAGUGCAGACCAUUUUAAAAACUCUGGAUGCAAUGGCCUACAAUAAGUUCAAUGUGUUUCAUUGGCACAUUGUUGAUGACCCCUCAUUCCCUUACCAGAGCCGCACCUUUCCAAGCCUUUCCAGUAAGGGGGCUUUCCAUCCGAUGACUCACAUCUACACACAAUCAGAUGUGAGAAGGGUGAUCUCAUAUGCCAGGCUGCGGGGAAUAAGAGUCCUUCCUGAGUUUGAUUCACCCGGCCACACUGAUUCUUGGGGAAAAGGGCAGUCUGACCUGUUGACUCCCUGCUUCAGAAGGGGCACCCCUUCAGGUUCUUUUGGUCCUGUUAAUCCAGCGUUACCCUCCACCUACCAGUUCAUGGCAAGACUAUUUAAGGAAGUGUCAUCAGUGUUUCCUGAUUCCUAUAUCCACUUAGGAGGGGAUGAGGUUGACUUUUCCUGCUGGAAAUCCAACCCUUACGUCCGCACAUUCAUGCACAAGAUGGGAUUUGGAGUAGACUUCAAGAAACUCCAAGCAUUCUACAUGGAGAACAUUAUGAAUAUCACUUCAGCUCUGAACAAGACAUCUAUUGUGUGGCAGGAUGUUUUUGACUACCAUGAAAGACGCAGCUCUCUAUCAGUGGUGGAGGUAUGGAGACAGGGCUGUUACCUGUGUGAGGUACGCAAGGUGGCUAAAGCAGGAAUCAGGGUGAUUCUGGCCUCUCCGUGGUAUCUGGACCAGCCAGGACCCACACACAACUGGGCUCACUACUACACUGUGUGGCCCCUUGCCUUCAAGGGUACCGAAGAACAGAAGAAGCUGGUGAUAGGGGGUGAGGUCUGCAUGUGGGGAGAAUAUGUUGAUGCCACCAAUCUCACCCCACGUCUUUGGCCAAGGGCAAGUGCUGCAGCAGAGAGACUGUGGAGUGAUGAGAAGCAGACCUCCAGUUUGGACAAGGCAUUUCCUCGUUUGCAGGACUUUCGCUGCAAGCUCGUGAGGCGUGGCAUCCAGGCAGGGCCUCUCUAUAUUGGACACUGCAAACAUGAGUACCAAGAUGUUUGA